AGUGCCGCUCGCUCCCGCUCCGGGGUGGUGGAAAAAACUGCAGCGGCUGUUAGCGGAGAGCCACGCAGAGAGAGCGAGCGCGAGGAGCUCAGCAACGGACACACACACACACACACACACACGGAUUUUCUUCCCUUGUUCCUGCGGAGGACGACGUUGUCAAAACCCGGGAUUUUAACUGCUGCCGAGAAGCGCCAGAAUCCGCGCGGAGGUUUGUCGGCGACGGAAAAGGAGAAUUGUCCGUGGCCUCCAGCCGCCCCGUGAGUCAGCAGCUUCUGGUGCUUUCAGGCCCAGCGUUACUCGACACAACAGGGCGCCGCGCAGCCCGGCAGCUUCCGGAAGUUGGUGCUCCAUGGCCGCCAGUGCUGCCGCUUGAGUCUCUGCACCGUCCAGUACCCCCCCCCCCCACAUUUGAGGCUUGAAUUGUUGCACUACAGUCCGUUGCUGUAGCCUGUAGCUUCAUGGAGGGGUUUCCCGUCCACUGACUCAGCACGCUGCCUCACCGGACCGGCAGCCAUGUCCGCCUGCAGCACCUUCACCGAGCAUGUGUGGAAACCAGGCGAGUGCAAGAACUGCUUCAAACCCAAGAGUUUGCACUGCCUGGCUCAGAGUGGCGGAGGGAGGCCUCCACCCAAGCAGAAGUCUCCAACAAUUCAGCAGCAGAAUCCAACCCCUGCCGGAGCCAGAGCCAACACUAACCUUACUGUCAGCUCCCAGAGGGCUGGCAGCGGUUCUGCCCGCUCCGGACACUUCCGUCCACCGGUGGCUAAGAAGCCAACGAUAGCUGUUAAACCCACCAUGAUGCUGCCCUGCUCGUCUGCAGGACUGGACUCGGAUGGCAACCUGCAGCAACCACCGAAUGUUUUGGAGCUGGGCAAAACGUCAGCCUUCACGGUCUGGAACCGCAAUGGGCUGAACUGUAAGAGGCCCGCUGGGCCCAGCAACAACAACGAAGGAGAACACGGUACCGAGGAGAUUGAAGGCUAUGCACUCCUUAGCCCAAGGACCCCCAGUGGAAAUAACAACAACAGCGGACUCACAGAUGUCCUAAAAGAAAUCGCUGGGUUGGGCCCUGGCCCCAGCAGCACGCCGCUCUCCGGUUCCAAGGACUUGUUUUGGGGAAGAAUCAGUAGUUCAUACCGUCGGUCGUUGGAACGAGGCCUUCCAGCGUCAAGCUGCCUGGCCAUGGGAAGCAUCUGUGGCGGCGGCCCUGCUCCAAAGCGGGUGCUGCUUAGUGAUAGCUCCGAGGUCAUCAGCACAGAAGGUGGGCGCUUUUGCUACCCCGACUUUUCCAGCGAAAGUGACGAGGACGACGAGGACGAGGAUGAUGAGGAAGAUGAGGAUGACGAAGAGACCGAAAGGGAGGACGAUGAACACGAAAGCUGGGACGAAAGUGACGAAGAGCUACUCGCCAUGGAGAUCCGUAUGCGCGGCCAACCGCGAUUUUCCAAUUUCCGCGCCGCCACAAUGUCUCCGGUGCGCUUCGCUGCGGGGAAAAAGUGGAACACUGUGCCGCUCCGCAACCGCUCACUGCAGCGCAUCUGUGCGGUGGACUAUGACGACAGCUACGACGAGAUCCUGAACGGGUACCCCUCCGUGGACUCGAAUGGAGCCCUUCUUCCGUAUGGGCCCCACGACAUGCAAGGCAGCGGUUUCCUAUCGAAUUCGGAGUCCACCACGUCUCCGGAGUCCUCGUCGUCGCGACCGGAGGAUUCUCAAACGACUUCGAGCAGCGGGAGCAGUGCCCCCGUCGUCCUUCCAAAUGGCUUGCAGUCUCCCACAUACUCUAAGGGACCCGUGUUCUGCACCCCUCCCCCCAAGAAGGAGCCCGUCCACAGAGCGCUGAGUCCACUCAAGGUGUCUGAAACACACAAGGCUGUCCUGGCCAUUAGAUUGGAAGAUCAGGACGGCAGAGAAGGCAUGCCGAUGCCCCUUGCCCUCCCAGGUCAACCCGUCACCAUCAGUUUUAUCCCCACAGAGGAGCAGGCUAAACCGUACCGAAUAGUGAAUUUAGAAAAAUCCCUGAUGUGCAAGCCUUACACUGUGGUGGACGUAUCGGCGUCUAUGGCCAACAAGGAUGAACAGUCUGUCGACUCGACUCCAAAACCCAGAAACUUCUCGAAGCCUUCCAGCCCCUCGUCGUUUUGUAGCGCACCUCUAGGUCAGCUCCUGUCUCCAGGCUCCCCACUCUCCCCUUCUUCUCUUGUGAUGCCGACAUCACCCACAUCUGUAGCAAUGCCAGGUAGCUCCCGCAAGAAGUCCGGGAACAUACGCUACCAAGAAGUGUGGACAUCAAGCACAAGUCCUCGCCAAAAGAUACCCAGAGUGGACUUGGGGGCUGGGAGCAGUCCUUGCCCCUCUGUCCCUACUCAACACUGCAGCCACAAGUCAGCUCCAACUUCUCCCAUCUCUGGGCUGUCUUCAUCCCGAACUGUACCUGUGAAAUCUUCCAACUUAUCCGGGAUCAAGUUUAACAGUUUCAAUAAUGCAGGCAUGCCUCCUUUUCCCAUCAUAAUUCGAGAUGAACCAGCCUACGCCCGCAGCUCCAAGAAUGCUGUUAAGGUACCUAUCGUUAUCAAUCCAAAUGCAUACGACAAUUUAGCUGUUUACAAGAGCUUCUUGGGACUCAGUGGGGAACUGCCUCAGCCGAAAGGGGGAGGUGGCCGGGUCACAAGCCAUACGUACGAAGAGAUCGGGUCCUCUGAGAGUGUCCAGUCCUCAUCGACAGAGAAAACCAUCUCUGGUAAAGGCACAUCGGAGAAGGUCUCUUUUGAAGACACAAAGGCUCCACCUGAGGCAGUGUGCAGGGCACCAAAUCUUAAAACCACUACAGACUCUAGCAAUGGGACGAACAUUGUGAUGAACUCCGUGGUUGGAGCGCUCUCUCCGACUACAUCCGCACAUCAUCCUGCCAUUCUCUCCAUCCCUGCAAACCUACCUAAAACCAGCCCCGCCGCCGGUGACGUUGCACACACUUGCAAGACAAGUGAGGACCCGCUUUGCAAUAAAGACUUGGCUUCGUCCUCUGGGAAAGUGGCCAGCCACAGGGAGGAGGCCAGUGCUGUGCUUUUACAAAUUGUUGCCUCCAUCCAGCCUCCACAGUCUCCUCCGGAGUCGCCCUCGAUACAAGCCAAUAAGGAGAGCCCCGAGGAGCUUUACGCCCUCCCACCCGAUGCCAUGAAGGAGACCCUCGUCCGGCCCAAGUCUCUUUUUUCCACAGCUGAUGGCUGUCUUUCCAAACCCAAGAAGGACACGCCCUCCAAAGUGUUGUCCAAAUCGCAGAGUGCCUCCCCUGCUGUCCCACCCUCCAGCCCCCGGGCAGAGCCCAGUGCUCCCUUCCCUCCUCCCAGGUCCACGUCCUCCCCGUACCACGCUUCAAACAUCCUCCAGAGACACUUUGGCAACUGGACCAAGAGUUCCGCCUCCAGUUCUCCCGUACGACCCGUUGAAGGUGAGGCGAGUCCAGUUGGCGAGGGGAAACGUGUUUUGGCAGAAAGCGCCAAACCCAAACGCUGGAUCUCCUUUAAGAGCUUCUUCCGCCGGCGGAGAGAUGAGGAUGAGCAGCGGGAGAGGGUGGAGAGGGACAAGGACAAGGGCAAGCUGGUUGGGCUCGACGGAACCGUCAUCCACAUGCUCCCGCCGCCACCCGUCCAGCAGCAUCACUGGUUCGCGGAGGCCAAGGCAGAGGACCCCACGCAGAAGCCGACCAUCAUCUUCACGUACAAACCAGAGAGCGGAAGCGACCCCGGUGACGGAGAAGGAGAGCUAAGGGUGGAGGAGUGCAGAGAUGAUGCUCUGCUGACUCCAAAUGAGAGCAAAGAAUCCGGCACCCUGAGCCCCGGGCGAACAUCCCCUCGUCUCAUCAGCAAGGAUCUCAGCCAGGUGCCGGUCGGCGCAAACGGCGCCAGGGAGCGGGAGCCGCCCGGUGCCGCCGCCGCCGCCUUCCCUGCCGCCAAAGUGAGUCUGGCCCUGCUGCUCGGGGAGGGGACCCACGCCAGCGCGGUCGCCGCCUCGGCCAGCGAGUGCAGCGCCAGCCUCGGGGAGCCGGAGGAGGACGGGAGUCACUCCCAUCGCUCCCCGUCUCCGGCCUCCAGCCAGUGCAGCGCCACGUACACCAACCUGGGUCAAUCCAGAGCCAACAUGAUCCCACUGAAACAGCCCAGGAACAUGAAAUCCUCCAACGACACCUUGGCCUCCAUGGACCUGGACGGCUUCUCUGAGCAGCCCGCCCCGAAGGCCACGCCCCCGCCUCUACCCAAGAAGGCCGUGCCUCGCUCCAGCACCGAGCCCAACCUGGCGGCCAAAGACUCGGCCCCGAGACUCCGCGCGGAGGCGAAACCCGGCGGCACCAACCUGAGCGUGGCCAACCCGAUCUACGACCUGGACUCCACCUGGGAGACGGCGAGCCAGGACUCCUCCCUCACCUCCGAGCCUCAGCGGGCCCACGGGCACGAGAGCGGCGACUCCCUGGAGAGACGCGCCGCCGCGCCUACCGACAGGGGGCGCCCGAGCCACAGCGCGUCCUCGCUGGUCUCGCAGCCUCCGGCCGGGACCGGCGCUGAGAGGAGGGCCUACCCCAGCACGGAGUCCCUGGCUGGAAGGGGCCUGACAACGGGUCGAGGCGCCGCCGCCGCCACCGGAGGCGCCAAACCCCAGAGGGCCGCCCUGUACAGGGGGUUGGACAGCUGGGACGAGGUGGUGGGCAGGAUCCGCGGGCUGCACACCGACACGCUGCGGAAGCUGGCCGCCAAGUGCGAGGACCGCUUCAUGGCCGGCCAGAAGGAUCACUUGGGAUUCGGCACCGACAGCUGGUCCCACUUCAGGCUGACCACCGGCAAACCCUGCUGUGAGGCGGGGGACGCCGUGUACUACACCGCCUCCUACGCCAAGGACCCGCUGGUCAACUACGCCAUCAAGAUCUGUCGCAGCAAAGUGAAGGAGACCCAGCAGCAGUUCUUCCACAGCCUGGCAGUGAGACAGAGCCUGGCCGUGCACUUCAACAUCCAGCAGGACUGUGGACACUUCCUGGCCGACGUGCCCGCACGCCUGCUGCCCUGGGAGGAGGAGGAGGAAGGCGAGGGGGAGGAAGAGGAUGCCGACGGGCCAAAGGAGAAAGAGAUUGACACCGCAACCAAGGAGGCGGGCUCCCGUGCGGCCAGCGGCAAAUCGGAUGAAGCCUCGUCGGCCGGUCACGUGAACACCGCCGGCCGCUUGAGGAGCCGAGUGGUGGUCAUCACCCGCGAGGUGCCCUUCCAGACGGUGGCGGACUUCGUCCGGGACGGCGCGGCGCGCCACGCUAACAACCCGGAGCUGUACGAGCGGCAGGUCUGCCUCCUGCUGCUGCAGCUCUGCUCGGGCCUGGAGCACAUGAAACCGUACCACGUGACCCACUGUGACCUGCGCCUGGAGAACCUGCUGCUGGUCCACUGCCAACCUGGCAACCCGUGGAACCUGGACGCCCGCGAGCCCAACAACAACAACAGCAGCAGCAGCAGCGGCGGAGGCGGCUCCAGUGCGACCUCCGCCGCCGCCGCCACCUGCCCCGCCCGCCUCAUCAUCAGCAACUUCUCGCAAGCCAAACAGAAGAGCAGUCUGAUGGCGGCCGACCCCGGGACGCUGCGCGACCAGUCCCGCCUGGCGCCCGAGAUUGUCACGGCGACGCAGUACCGCAAGUGCGACGAGUUCCAGACGGGGAUCCUCAUCUACGAGAUGCUGCACCGGCCCAACCCCUUCGAGGAGACGCCGGAGCUGAAGGAGCGGGAGUACACGUGGGCGGACCUGCCGGCGCUGCCCGUCCGGUCGCUGUACUCUCAGGGCCUGCAGCAGCUCGCCAGGCUGCUGCUCACCGUCAACCCCUCCGAGCGCAUCCGCAUGUCCGAGGGCCGCGCCUGCCUGCAGUGCCUGCUCUGGGGCCCCCGGGAGGACCUGUUCCAGGCGCUGGGCCCCAUGUCGGGGGCCACGACCAGCCAGCGCGAGGCCACCCUCCAGAACUGGCUGGACCUGAAGCGGACGCUGAUGAUGAUCAAGUUCGCGGAGCGCUCGCUGGACGCGGCCUGCGGCGUGAGCCUGGAGGACUGGCUGUGCUGCCAGUACCUGGCGUUUGCCACCACGGACACUCUGAGCCGGGUGGUGCACAUCCUGCAGCAGCCACAGCCGGCCUCCCAGAGCCAGAACCAGAACCAGAACGAGAGCCAGAGUCAGAGCCAGAACCAGCCGGCCCACGCAUCACCGAGCAAAACUCAAACACACCAAACGCACCAAACACACGCCCUCCACCUGACUGAGUCACAGCCGCUCUGAGUUCCCUCCGGCUAUCUGUUACUAUGGAAACAGAUCCAACCCCCCCCCCCCCCCCCCCCACCCACCCACCCACCUCUCACCCCCCCUGUGUGGUCCAUCUGCUGACACUAAUGUGUGAUGUAAGCUAAUAGUGAGCUUUGUUAUUGCAGCAGCCACAGGGCUUCACCCAGAACGAUCCAUACAGAGCGAGGCUGGAGAUUCAUUGUUCACUUCAUCUGUUUUUUAGAUGUUAAAUAUCAAAGCGAUUUAACAUGUUCAUGAUUUUUGGGUUGGGGGGGGGUUGCGGAAUUUGCAAGCUACAAAUUAGAUACCGUUGCAUGGUAGCUGUCUCUGGGGUUUACUUGAGCCACUGUCCAAUGGAAUUGGUCUUGGAUUAUUAUUUUAGUGUAAAAAAUUCAAAAUAAAAGGAUGUUUUAGAAAGAAAUGGAGAUUUAACUACCGAGUGAGAAAGUGUGUCCAAACUCCUGUAAAGAUAAAGAUGUGUGAAAAUGAAGGGAGAUCAUUAAUGAAGGCAAUGGGAGAGAAAAAGAAAGUUCGAAAGAAACUAUCCAUACAUUGAGAUAAUAAGUGAGAUAUAAAAAUGUGUGUGUACAUAUAUAUAUAUUUUAAACGUGAAAUAUGUUUGACCACUGAAACUAAAGAUCUGCCACAAAGUUUCCACUUUUCUUUUCUUUUUUUUUACCAGAAUUGUGUACUAUAGUUUAUUACAGAAUGCAGUCAGACAUGGUUACAAGAACUACAUGACAGCUGAGACUCUGUGAAAUGAGUCUUUUAUGGUUUGAAAUUCAAAAGCCCUCAAGUUGACCCCUUUUCCAGAUGUUUUAGACGCUUUUGAAGUUGAACACCUGCCCUGGAUGUUGGUUUCUGGAGGGAGAAUGUGCAAUGAAUGUUGCUUGUUGCAUCCCGUCGUAUUUACUACGCCGCUCUUCCGUUGUUGUUUUUUUGUGGCACAUAAACUGAUUCUCAUCGGCUCGGUGGACCUUCAGGGACCGCACGGAGGUUCCUCCUCGUCCAUCGAGCCAGAGGAGCCGGAGGGGCCGGAGGGGCCGGAGGAGCCGGAGGAUUCUGUUUGUUUCACGCAGCGGUUGGAAUGUAAAAGUUUGCCUGGACUGAAACCCGAACAGUCGUGCGCUUCUGAGACGCGCUCAUCGUCCAGCUGAACCACUCGGCCCCAACGUGUAAAAACCCCUCGGGGGGCCACUGGGGCUCCUCCGUGUCAUCGAGCCCCCCCCCCCCCCCCCCCCCCGUUUCCCCGGGACGCGGGGUCCACUGUCACUGAGGAGCAGCUGGACGUGUGAAGGCUUGACAGACGCCUUCCUGCUGACUCUGCACAAGGAGCCUCUGCAUUCUCAAGUGCACGUUCUGUUUGAGGAGGCGGAGGAGGAGGAGGGGG